AUGUGAAAAAAAGGAAGGGUCAUUACGCAAUAGAAUUUUUAAAAUAUGGCUAAAUGUGCAAAUAUAACCAUUUAUAAAACUAAAUAAGUAAAUAUCCAAUUUUUAGCUUGCGUGUAAACCAACGUAUGUGUUAUCCAAUCAGAUAAAAGAUUCAAUUAUUUUGAAUAUUCCGGCAAUAAAAAAAAAUUCCUAUCAUCAUCACUCGCCAAAAACCCGGGCCAUAACGAUGACACGUGUCGGCGUUCCUCUUCUCGUUUUCUUUCUCUCGGUGAUUUCCGUCUCCGCCGGUAGAGAAGGCCCGGAUGAUGUUAUUAAACUCCCCUCGCAAGCGGAUACUUCUGAGUUUUACCAACUUUUCAGGCUAAAAUUUAAUCAACUACUCGCUACCGUCUAAUCACAAAUAAAAGAUUUAAUCAACGAUCAAGUAAGAUAAAUCUAAAGAUAAGAGUUUAGUUGUUUUAAUCCAAAAAAAAAAAAAGAGUUUAAUUGAUUGAGUCAUUAGUUAAAUGCCAACUACUUCCUAGGAACAUUAAAUGAGUAACCCAACUACUCGCUACCGUCUUUAGUUCUUUCUUCACCACUCCACACUACAUUAUCGUCUCACAUCCAAAAGCAGUUCAAAAGGCUAGUUUAUACUCUCUUUUCACCAUGAAGAUAAGGAUAGUGAGCAAAACACGUGUGAAUCCAAACAAGCCAGUACAAGGCCACCUCGCCACAUUUGAUCUUCCUUACCCUGUUCUCUGCUACAACCAGAAGUUUCUUUUCGAUCUUACUAGUUCCAAAACCUGAUCUAGAUCUCGAGGAACCCAGUUUCCAAAACGACCAAGUGGAGUGGCUCUUGAAGACUUCCAUGAUCAGCUCGUCGGUAAGCUGGCCAAUGACGACGAGGGAGUCUUCCGAGUUGCAGACGACUCUAGCGACGGAGAGAUCAACCGCGUAGAGUUCCCGGUUGGGCGUCGAUGAUCUGACGGCUAAGGACGGGACCGCUAAGUUCAAGGAAUUGGGUCCGUAUAAUUAAUGGAUCAUUGAUGAGAAUCUUCAGCUGUAAUACAUGCUUCAGGAACCUAUAAAAGCUUGCUUGUGAAUCUGGAAGUAUCUUUGAAGGGCUUCUUCUUCCAGAGGGUUUGAACAUUUAUGCCACAACUGCAUCAAACGCUGAAAAAAGCAGUUGCCCUGGAGAGGAACCUUGUCCUCCACUGAAGUAUGAAACUUGUUUAGUUGACUUGCACAGUGUUGCUUGGAUGGAAGAUAGAUAAGCUAAAGAAUUCCAGUACUCUAAUAGGACUAGCAGUGUUCUAUUUCUCAUGUUUAGAAAUCUCUAUGAAUGGUACCAUGUAUUGAUUCUGAUUUGUUUACAGACUGAGACUCUGCAACAGUGGUAUGCACAUUUUUCAGACUGAGACUCUGCACCAGAAAUAUGAACUGGUGAAAAGGAGGUCUGCACCUGUGUUGGGUUCGCUUAUGGUUCUCAUGUCAUGCAAUAUGGCGAUGUAGGACUUAGCAAGGAUAAGCUCGACCUUUGUAUGGGAACAAACUCUGCCAAUGACAAUUUCACCUUUGCGGAUGCGAACUCACUCAAGCCACCUUCAAGAGUUACAAACCAGCGUGAUGCAGAUCUUGUCCAUUUUUGGGAAAAGUACCCAAAAGCACCAAAAGGUUCCGCAAGAAAACAGAAGCUCUGAAGCAAGUCCUUGAAGCCAUGUCUCACAGACUUCAUGUUGACAACAGCCACCUUCAAGUGUUACAAACCAGCGUGAUGAAGAUCUUGUCCAUUUUGAUAUUAAAAUUUAAAACCAACAAAAAAAAACAAUAAAGGAAAAUAUCCAUAAUUAAAGAUUAUGUCAAAAGCAACAAAGAUUUUGGAGAUGGAAAACUUGGUGGCCAAGUUCCCUCCCAUGUAUUACCAAUUAGGGUUCUACUUGUUUAGGUAGCGUAGGCGUGAAUUACCAAUUAGGGUUCUACUUGUUUUUCUUUUUCCUUCUUAAAUCUUUCUUUUAUUUUUGCGUUAAGAACAUUCAUAUCAUAUGUCUCUGCUUCUCUGCCAGCCUCCAAAGCUCUGCUUUCGGAAACCGGUCUUUGUAAGAUCAUCUCCGAAUGACUCCUCAUCUUCUUCCCUGCAGCAAACCCCGCCUUGUAUUAUCAUCUGCGCUGAAGAAUGUGGAGCGGAUCUAGGAAAACUUGCGUUUGCAUAUGCUACUAAACGUGGUGAACCCAUUGUUUCGGAUAAGAAGGUACCUCUAGAUUUGGUGUAUAACUAUCUUAGUGACGUGAAAACGAUCGGUUCAUCUCAUGGGUGGGUAGCUACUAUGAAGGGCAACGGGAUAAUGCAUCUCCAAGACGAUCUAAACCCGUUUGCAUCGCAUACAGCUCCUAAACGCAUUCCGCUGCCUCCUUUUGUAACUCUGCCUAAUUGCCAAGCCAGAUAUGUCACCAAUGUGGCAAUGUCCUCAUCUUCUCCAGAGGAUGAGGACUGCGUUGUGGCUGUCAAGUUCCAUGGACCUCAACUCAGCUUUUACAGACCGGCUCAAAAUAACUCCGAGUGGAUAAACAUCAAAAUCGACCCUUGCUUCUAUGAAUCGGAAGUCAUCUUUUCCAAGAAAGAUGACAUGUUUCGCAUAAACGGAAUUGGAAGGCACGUUAUUGGAUCAUGGGAUCUCCACGAACACAAGCACACACCCAAGCUUCAGAAGUUGCGAUAUAAAAAAUUUCCCGAGCUGACCGAGGCCGAACGUCAGUUUUUGCUUUCGUGUAACAGCCGCACAUACUUGGUGGAGUCACGAUCCACGGGUGAAGCUUUCUUGGUUAAGUGGUACAUAAAGGUAAAUCUCCUCGGGACCUUCAAGGAUGGUUUCGUUGAUACGCAAACAAAAGCUCUGAUGGUCUUCAAGAUAGACGAACAAGGAAAUGCGGUUUACACUAAAGACAUAGGAGAUCUCUGCAUUUUCCUCUCAAACUCUGAACCUUUUUGUGUCCCUGCUAGCUCUUUUCCCGGCCUGUGGCCUAACACAGUCCACAUCUUUAGUUUCCGAGAAAUCGGACUUGUCAAUCUGGCUGAUAGCUUCAAUACUAAUCUAGUUUUAAGAAGCAAGUUCUAUGCCCCUUACUAUAUUCCACCUCAAAAAAUAGACUAGUAGUUAAUUUGGAUUUGUGUUUUCUUAUUACAAGGCUUUCAAACAUCAACAUCUAUUUUCAUAUAUUCUAUGUGAGAUUACCUUUGAUUUA